AUGGUCCUUCAGCAAGCUCAAACAUACGUGCAAGCCACUCUGGGCACGAAAGUCGGUGGAUUUGUCUUCUUUGUGCCCAUUGAGAUUGACGACGAAUCUAUAAUGGCCAAACAAUUAGGACACUUUAGUUGCGAAUGGAUCAGCUUACUCGUAUCAAUUCUUGAUUUUUUUGCCUCAGCUCCACGAGAAUUCCUUCCAGAGCUUCCUGGUGGUAAUUUUUUUCACGAGCGAGCGUUUAAGGCGCCUUCAAACGGAGCCAAACCCACGGAAUUCUCUGACAGUCAAGCAGACCCGAAGACUCGAAUUCAUAUAGACCGUCCUCGGGAGCCUGGUAAUACCUCAGUUUCAAUUGCUCUUCUCGUGCCAUCCUUUGGAAACUUCCAGACGAACAUCAAAAACAUCGCACCCUCCGACCGCGCCAUGCUUUUUGCGACGAAGAUGGCCAAUGAACUCUGUGUUAUCUUUCGUGACGAGCAAGAAAGGGAGCAGAUAUUCUGUUCAAUCUUAAGCGAAUUUCUCGGCGAAGAUGUCUCAAAGGCUAUACGAUUGGCGAUUCCAAGACCGAUGGAUGGUGCCGCACGGCUUCUCCUCAAGGUCAAAUUAGAACAAAUCGGCACCAGUGAUCCUUGCUUUCAAGUUUCGUUGUACUAUCUCGAGAAUACGCGCCGAGUUCGCCAGGAUGUUGUCAAUAGCAACGAAGAAGCGGCGGCUUGGGCCAGGGCAAGACUACCGUCGAUUCUGAUAUCACAUCCUGGCCCCAAUAUCCAAAUCCUUGGCGGUGUUAUGACUGACCGACCCCAGUUCAGAGUUCUCACACCAUCUGUGCCCAUGUAUUACCAUGUUUCGAAUCAAGACCUGUUUCUUGGAUUCGCGCGCACCCUGACAGCCCUUAAUGUCCUUUUUGUUGACCUCGGCAAGCUGUACGACAACCCUCCUCCCCUCAACCCCUUCCUUCCUGUUUAACAUGUGUACCCUUACUCACGUGAAUUCAAACGUGGUAAUCAGGUCGUUACUUUCACUUAUUAAUUGAAGCGCGUCGACCCCAUUCGGCUUGUCUUUGAGGUUGAAACCGAGGAAAAGGACAUUCUAUAUAUAAAAGAUACGCAACAGUAUGGCGCCGAAGCCCAUCGGAAGGCGCACAAAUUGGGGAUUGCGCCGGAGCUUCUGGCGUAUGAUGACAAGCUGCCUGGAGGUUGGAAGAUGGUAGUCAUGAAACCGAUUCCAAAAGGUUAUGUGGAAACAGAUAGUAUAAAGGGAGUGAGGAACAAGGGAAGGUUCAAGCUGUGGUCGUUGCAAAAAUGAGACCUUGCUUUGGAGAAGGAUUUGUUCACGGUAACCUUCG